AUUUCAGAUUAAAAUGUAAAAUGUCUGACUCUAGGUCCAGCUCUGAUGCUAACGGAAACUUCUGUGACGGAGUGGAGCAGGGCCCGCUCAAUGAAUCUGUCGAAGAACACAAUGAUCUCAAUAUUUCCUCCAAUGAUCUCCCAGACAUCUCUCAGCAUGAUUUAUCCUCCAAUGAUCUCCCAGACAUCUCCCUCCAUAAUAUAUCCUCCAAUGACUUACCUCCGGAAGCCUCCGAUCUUGAAUUAUCAAGUAAUGAUCUCCCUCCGGAGAGCCCGGAGAAAAAUGAAAUGUCUCUGUUAAACCGUUCUUCUGACUUCUUACCUACUGAGAGCCCUAAAAGGAUCAGUAUCAAUGGAAUUGAAUCAGGAGACAACCUGGAGCAGAUGAUGCUGGAGAUCGGAGAUAUUGAUGAGUCCUUAUCCUCCCCGAGAGAGGUUGAGGACUACAGAACUGCAAUCUCAAACAGAGAUAAUCUCAUCAAGCGGUUAUCAACCAGCCUACAGCAUGUUCUCAAGGAAAGGGGAGAAGAUGCACAGAUAACUUCACUUCUAGAGGAGGAGAUGAACAGUCUCAAGGUUCAGGUUAAGCUAGCAGUAGAGAAGGCAGCUAAAAAUAAAUCCUGCAGAACCCGGUAUACGCAGCUGGAGAAGGAACGAGAUGAGCUGAUUUCAAACCUAAACCUAGUCUCAGCUCAGCUCAAGCUCAACAUGGAUUCCCUCCAAGAGAAAGAAUCCGCACUCCUUCUCCUAGAAUCUAGUCUUGCCAGUAUUAAAUCUCAAACUAACCAAGAAAUUGCUCAAUUGAAACUAGACGUACAAAAGACUGAGGAAAGGAUGAAGGUUGAGAGUGAGGAAAAGCUUAAGAAACUAAUGGGUGAGUACGAAAUAAAACUCCAGAAUCAGGUCGAGGAUCAUCAGAAGGAGGUGACUGCUCUGGAGGAGAAAUAUGAAAAGGAGCUUGAGGCUAUGGAGGACAGGUACGAGGAGGAGCAGGUGGUGGAGUUCAACCUUCUUGACGCAGAACUUCUCAGUGUUAGGGAGGAGAGGAAUGAUCUGCGAGAGAGGUUGGAUGAGAUUGAAUCAGGGACUAGAGCCCUGGAACUAAAUAAACUCCAAGAGGAGCAGAAUCUACUCUUGAAGAAAGCAGAAAAUGAACAGAAAGCUCUAGUCGAGAAAAUGUUAAAACUUGAGAAACUAUAUGCAGAGGAAUCUUCUAUCAGAAUGUCCCUUGAACAAAACCUGAACGAGGUUAGCUCCGUUCUAGAUGAAACUCAGUACAAUGCUAUACCCUUGAAGGUUCGGGAAUCUAUCGAGAAAUCUCUCCGACUCUCCUGUAACUUCUCUAGGAGCAGAGAGAGUCUAUCUCAAGACGGAGAUAAUCAGAGUUGGAAGGAGAACCUGUUUCCUUCAUCUAAUAUCACUCAGAUCGAGAGUGAAGACGAUGUUUCCUUUAGAUCUACAGAUACUGAGACUACUCCAGUCCACCGACCCGUUCUACAGAGAUAUGUAGAUGAGUCUGACCUAGUUCGUUCUCUGAAGGGAGAGCACGAAAAAGAGAUGAGUGAACUGAGAAGAUAUUUUGAAAACUACUGCGCAGAAAUGGAAAGAAGAUACAGGAAUGAGUUUGAGGAGCAUUUAGCCCAUCAGAGAAACCUUUCUAGUCGACAGGGGACGGCUCCACUUUCUUUAGAGAUAUCACAAGGACAGUUAGAUUUCUCCGAACUGGAGUCUAUAUCUCCACGUUCUUUAGACAGUUCUCAGCUUAACUCCUUAGGUUAUCAAGGCCCCCUGAGCGGACAUGAAAGUGAUGGAUAUCCGUCCCGGCACCGUUGUGAAAGCAAUCCUUCUCUUCACUCCCGGCAUAAUAGUGAUAUUCCAACCCAACUACAGGGAGGCAUGUCCAAGACAGGUUCUCCUCGGAGAGAAACUUUAAAUCAAGAAGUUGGGAAGGAUUCUGAUUCCUUACAUUCCGUUUCUUUGAACCUUGGUGGGAUUAUACAGCUCACGGAGCAGAGAAGGAUCCAGGAUCUUGAGUUGGUAGAACGCCAAGAGGAGAUUGUUAGAUUAAAAGAGAAGGUUUGUCUAUUGGAAAAGGCCCUUUCCAGUGUUGAAGGUGGAAAAGGGAAAUGUGCCAGUUGUGCUCGAUACAAGGAAACGCAAGAAAACCUGAAACUUGAACACACCAAAGAGUUGGAGAAGAUAAAGGAGGAGAACAAGAUCAAGAUCCAGUCUACCAUGGAGAAAUUGAAGAAGGAUUUAGAAUCUGAUCACAUGAAGAAGUUUGACGCUGUUUCCAAGCAGAUUCAGCAGGUUCAAAACUCAGAGAUUGAAAGAAUCAAGGUUAGAUUAAAUUCAGAGCACUCAGCUGUCCUGGAGAAGGUUCAGUUAGAGCACGAGCAAAUACUCCAGGAUAUAAAAGAAGCUCAGACUCUGGAGAUAGAAGAGGUUAGAAGAUCUUUCCACUCUACGGAGAAAUCCAGUUCGGUUUCCAAGCCUGAACCUGAGGUUAACCCUGAAAUCGUGGAGAAACUAGAGAAGGAUCUAGAGAAGCUAGAGGUUGAACGAAAUCAACUUAGAUCUAUGCAACACAUGAUGAAAAGUCUAAUCAAUGACCUUGCUCUACAUUACAACCUCAGUCAGAAGCAGAUUCGAUUCUUCUCCGAUUCAACCUUUUUCGAAUCAUUUGAUCUAAAAUCUUUAGAUGCAAAUGAAACCACAGAGUCCAACGCUCUGCACACACCUUUCAAGUAUUUCGGCGGAGAAGUUUCAGCUCCUGAAAGUAUGAAUACUUCUCUACAGUCUGGUUCUCAGUUUUCUGUUCUCCGAGACCAGGAACACCAACUGGUUACUCCUAAUCAAUCUUUCUUCAGUAAAGAUGAGCUGUCAGAACUGAUGGGAGCUGGGUCCUUCCUGUCAGUGAUGGAGAACUCGGAGGAGGUUUUCCAGGAGCUCCGCUCUCAGGUUCAAAGAUCUAACGAGAUUCUUAAAACUCUAGAACCUGGAAGCUUGCUCACCAAGAUAUCUGGUCUCCUUACUCCCCCAGACUCCCAGGAGUCGGAGAACUUCGUUGGUCGAGAAGCGGGACGGUUGGAGGUGGAGAAGGCAAGGUUGGAGUUAGAGUUGGCUGCAGCUAAACAACGUCUGCAGGAGAUGGAGCUAAGUGGGAACCGUAGUGUGGAUCAGAGUGAAGUUAUAAGUGGGUUAGGAGGAGAUAUUUCAGGAGAACCUGAGCACAAUAUAUCAGUCCUUGAUUUAAAAAGCUUACGAGAACUUCAGGAUAGAGCUGCGCGUCUCCUCGGUGAUACAGAGGGUUCCUUGCGCCCUGAGCAGAGUAGAGAAGCUGUUGAACUCCUAGCUGAACUCCUUAUGCACACAGAUCAGGUUAUAAGUACCGCAAAACUGCAAGUAAGUGAUCUAAGUCAGCAACUUGAUGCAGCUGAUAAACAGCUGAGGUCAACCCGUGGGUUCCUGGAGGAACAAGCUCAGGAACGAGAAGCUGAGAGAGAGGAUUGGGAACGAAAACUGAAUCUAGCUUUACUUCAAUCCAGAAGAAGAUCUGAGAUUCGGGAACAGGGAGACGAAGAAACGGAUGUCGGAGAGGAAGAAGAUAUUCUAAGUUCAGGAAAGGAAGAAAAACAAGAGUUGACCGCAGCAGUUGAGAAGAUUUAUCAACUGAGAGAAAUCAUCCGAACCCUUGAGACAGAUCUUGAGAAUAAGGUUGAGGAGGAGAGGAGGAUAACCGAUGAGGUUCUAGAGUUAAGAUCUGCUCUCACGGAGUCCUUGUUAAGCCAGGAGGCCGUGCAGCAGGAGCUGGAGAAUAUCAGAAGCAGUAGCACAGACCAGGAGCUCAUUGAUCUAGUCGAGGGGCUCAAGGAACAGCUCAAUAGCAAGACUCAGGAGCUGCAGAAACACAGAGCUGUUCAUCAACAUCUUCACGAUGUCAAGGCACAUCUGCGAGGUUUACAGGAGAGGGUUGUUCAGUCGACCAGGGAACUGGAGAACUCUGUCUCCGGUAGGAUUAGUACCAACUCCAGCAGAGGUUCUAGUCCUCUUCUUUACAAUGGAGGCAGUUUUGAGGACAUAGGCAUAGGUGGAGCUGGACUGGAGAUUGAAGAGGUUUCAAAACUGGAGAAAAAACUGAAGAUAUUGGAGAAAGCUGAAACUAUGGCUGUGAAUAAAGUAAAAUCAAUGGAUGCAGAAAUCCUAAAUCUAAAAUCUGAGAUAAAAUGUUUGUUGGAAGAUAAAUCAAGUUUAUCUGCUCAGCUGGAGGAGGUUGGCAGGGCUGGAGCUCAGGCUCAACUAAUUAUCAGUUCUCUGAAAAAGGAUAAAAUGAAUCUUGAAAAACAGCUGAAAGAGCUCAGAGGAUAUAACUUUGAGGACCUUCAGGCUGAGAAUGCUCUUCUUCAAUCCAGAGUUGUUUCUCUCCAAGUACAAGUGUCCACGCUUCAGGGAGAAAAACAGGCCAGUAAACAUAGAUUCCCAGUUCGAGGAGAUGGAACUGAAGUUAUCCUUCAGGAGAAAGAGAAGAUUAGCCUGCAUCUAGAGCAAACCUUGGACAAACUCAAGAUUAUUGAGACGGAGAAGGAUCUAGUUGAGCAGAGGUGUGCAGGACUCAGUGCUAAGAUUGAAAGAUUGGAGCGGGAGAUAGAGUCCCAAGGAUUGAGUUUACCUGAAAGCGAUAAACUUCUUCAGUUGGAAAGAGAUAAAUCUGAGCUUGAAGAAGUGAACGCUAAACUUUUGAAAGAACUGGGACAGGCGCGUGCCGCGGAGCUUAACGCGCACAAACUUCAGAUUCCAAAGUUAGCCGAGGACUUGUUAAAGGAAAAGAAUUGUGAAAUAGAUCGUCUGAGAUUUCAACUUUCUGAACUCCAGGUUAAAUCUCAGAAUUUGUUGCAGAGUACACCCAACUCCUGGACCUCCUCCCUAGAUCACAUGUCUAAAAGUUCUGUUGAACAGCUUAGAGAAGCUCCAAGAAUUCAAAAUCUUUCUGAACUUUCGUUCGUAGUGAACCGACGAGAUGUAGUAACCCAGGCCAAUAAGGUUUCUGUACACAACCUGGAUACAAUCCAUGAAACCUCUUUAACUCUUAGGGAACCAUCUCAUUCUUCCGCAACUCCUGGAACAGUUCGGGAAUGUUCGUAUGAAACGUCAAAUUCUGGAACUACCGGAGAAACAUCACACGAGAGAACUAUCCAAAGAAUUCCAUUGGGAGAAACUAAAUCAGGAAGUACGAAUCUAUCCACCCCUGAGGUUGAGCUGACAAGAGAUACUGCCAAGGACGGAACUGAAGAGAGUAUUAACCAUAAUGAUAUUAUUGAUAAUGAGUUGAUUAGUUCUGAAGAGGUUUCCGCCCUACUCAAUCAGAAAGCAGAAGAAAUUGAAACUCUAAGUUCUAUAAUUCACGAAAAAGAUUCUUAUGUCUAUGAACUCCAAGACAAGGUUCAGGAUUCUGAGGAGAAAAUAAAAAGUUUGGAAAAGGAUUUGUCGGAAAUUAAUAAAACUCUGGAACAGAAAAAUAAAUUCUGCAAGAAUUUAGAGCAAAUUGUGUCCGAGAAAGCUGAGAAAGUUGAAACAUUAGAAAACGCAGUUAACAAACUUAGAACUGAGGUUGAGGAGAAAGAAUCUCAGUGUAUUAGACUGAAGCAAGAUAUUAUUGACAAGGAUGAAGUUCUCUCCUCUUAUGAGGAUAAGUUACAGGACUGGCAGGAUAAACUCCGCGACCUGGAGAAUAAGCAGUUACAGGAUAUUGAACCCAACCUGGCAGAAGAGGUUAAAAGACUCCGUGAGGAGUUAAAUGACCGAGUAUCUGGGAUGGAAAAUCUUCACUCAAUAAUACAGAAGAAUGAGAGAGAUUUACAAAGAAGGAUUGAAGCUGAGAGCGAACUAAAAAGAAAAUGUUCAGAACUAAACAAGGAUCUUGAGACAAAGAUCCAGAUCCUAACUGAAUCCUCCAGAGCUACUGAGAGAUUAAAAUCAGAUCUUGAAUCAGCUCAAAAUAAUCUGGAGGACGAGGCCAGAGAAAAGCUUAAACUUGAAACCGAGCUGAGCAAGGUCACUAAAGAAAUGUCUUCCAUUGAGAGGGUUGUUAAAGAGAUGACGACCCAGUUUAAACGAGAAGUCGGGACAAGAGAUCAAGAGAUUUCCAGAUUGAACUUAAAAUAUCAAGAAAUUGUAAAGAAACAAUCUGAAUCUCUCAAUGCACUAGAACAAGCACCCUAUGCUAUAUCCUGUGAAAAAUGUGAUGCAAAAUUAAACUCUGUAGACAAUGGAUCUCUAGAUGAUUUAACGACUCUAGUUGAACGAGAACUGGAGAAAUCUUCGGAAUUGGAUCGAAGUCUGCUCACGCAAUUGGUUUCCGGUAAUACAACGUUAAACACAACACAGGAGGAUAUCUCAGAGGUUGAGCGGCUACUCCGCAAGGUUCAGCAGGACGGAGUUAAAGUUCUCACCUUAUCGGAGAAACUGUUUCUGACCAAGCACUCUCAAGAUGAAAACCCAAAUGAGGAUGGACGACUAAGAGAAGUGUCCCGAAAGCUUGAGCUGAUGCAGUUUGAAAUUGAGCAAGAACGCGUGGUUUGUGAGGAUUUAAGAAGAUCUUUGGACUUAGAGAAGAAAAAUGGACUCGAACUUUUUUCAAAACUCUCAUCCGAAAGAAAGUUAAAGAACGGGUUAGAAGAAGAACUAAGUGGAGCUCAGCGGCAGAUACGAACCUUGUUAAAGGAAAAAUCUAGAAAUCAUCAGAUGAUUGUUGAUUCUGACAACGAGGAAUUUCUCAACACUAUCAAGUCACAGAAGCAGCAGAUAGAGAGCCUGGAGGAGAGCUUGAGAAUGGAGAAGGAGAACUUUUCUCAGCUCCAGAAUGUGUUGGCUGUGGAGCGAAGGCGGGCACUGAAGACCGAAUAUUCCCAAGAGCGAAGAGACGAGGAAGAUAUUGAAGAACUGAGAAAUCAGCUGAGAGCGGAGAGAAAUUAUAGAGAUCAAUUAGAAUCCAGACAAGAGACAGGGAAAUCAGGAGAGGUUGCUAAACUUAUUAUAGAUCAACUCAACCAUGAGUUGAGAAUUGAAAGAAAAAAGAACUCCGAGGUUUCCCUGGAACUGGAGAAGAUGAAUAGAAACCUCCAGGAUGGAAGCCAGUUUAGGUUUCAAAGAGCAGAAUCGGUUCAAAUAUCUGACCGUGGAGUUGAGCUAGAUCAGUCCUGGAACCGAGCUUGGAGAUCCCGAGAGUUAGAGCUAGAACGUCUCGUCGCUUCUCUUGAGUUGAGAACUGAGAUGAUUGAAAGAGAGAACGAAAGAAAAGGUCUUGAACUGGAUAAAUUAAAGUUGGAACUUAGUCAGCGAGAACGGAAUAAUUCAGGUUUGAGUAAAGAACAGCUGGAGAGAAUGAAACAGGUCAAUUCAUUCCUUGAACAUAACCUGAAGGAGAACGGAGAAAUGUUGGCCACUAUAUCGAAACUUCAAGAAGAACGCCAUGAGUUGAAGAGUAAACUAGCGGAGCACAAAUAUCGACAGGAAACAUGUUCCUGCUCAGGACCUGGAGAAAAUAGGCAGGAUUUAUACAGCAGGUAUCUGAGAACUGAGUCCUACAGGAAAGCAUUAAUCUGGCAGAAACGAUAUCUUCUUGUUCACAUCUCUGGGGGGUAUUUCAGUAGGGAACCAGUGCUCAGGGUAGGACGACAGAACUUGUCUGGGAUUAACAGGUUCAGGGCUGCUGUUUACUCUGUAACCUCUAUCCUGAGAAUGAAAUUUCUGAUCAGAAGAUGGAGCAGCGGGAAGAGAGCAGGAGUAACUCCGUCCAGAUCUAGAGCUUGGAGCAGCGCUCUUUGUUCAUCGUCAGUCCCUGAAAUGAAGACUCCAACCCAGAGAAGACCUGAAUCAUUGGACAUAAGAUUUCCUGCGCACUCUGGAUUGCAUCCUGUAUACAGUCCUAGGCUGGAGCAGAGGAGUAGAGUAAGACGAACUUCUAGUCUACGAGAGCAACCAAGGAGAAGUCUAGAGAGUCCAAGCUCUAUCUCAAGCUCAAGUUCAAUCCACCCUCCUCCAGUAGUUACAGGACGGACUCCGCCAACCCGGGAUAUUGGAGCAAGGAGACAGCGGAGUAGUGAACCUAGUGCAGGAGACCAUCAUACGCUUAAUAAUCAACCUCGGAGAAGUUUAGGGUUUCAGGAGCAGGGUUCAGCAAUCAGGGAUCCGGAGUUAGUCGCAGAUCUCAAAGAUUAUCAGGAGAAAUUAGAGUCCUUAGAGAGACAACUUGGGAUUAAAUUCUGGUCCUGUCGCGAGCAGGUCAGCAGGGUUGAAUAUAAGAACACAAUCCACUCUGGAACCUUUAGUCGUUUUCUUACACUUAGCGCAGGAGAAAGAUUCACCAUGCCUGGCCACAUCAAGCUAACCAAAACCGGGCAACCGGACCCUGACCCGACAGAGUUCUUGCUUCCCAACAUGGAUAUGAAGCGCGCUGAUCAAGCCAAAGUUUACGAUCCUAAGAAGUCUGUUUGGAUCCCUGAUCCUAAAUCAGGAGGGUAUAGAGAAGGACUCCUUGAAUCUGGAGAUGUUGAUGAUCCCGCCAGCAAGUGUGUGGUUGCUGUUGGUCAUGAGAAGUUUACUCACAAGUCUUCUGAGGUUGGUAAGGUUAACCCUCCCAAGUUUGAGAAAUGUGAGGACAUGGUUAACCUCACUUUUCUCAACGAUGCUUCUGUCUUCUGGAACCUGAAGACCCGUUACCAGGCCAAGAUGAUCCAUACCUACUCCGGUCUCUUUGUGGUUGUUGUCAACCCCUACAAGCGUUACCCUCUUUACACCCAUAGGGUUGCUAAGAUCUAUCUCGGUAAGAGACGUAAUGAAUGCCCUCCCCAUCUCUGGGCUAUUGCUGAGACUGCCUACCGUGGUAUGUUGCUGAACAGCAAAAAUCAAGCUAUGCUGAUUACCGGUGAGUCUGGGGCUGGAAAGACUGAGAACACCAAGAAGGUCAUCACCUACCUUGCUAUGGUUGCAACAAGCAGCAAGAAGUCUGACAAGAAGGUUUCCCUUGAAGAUCAGAUUGUGGCCACUAAUCCCAUUCUGGAAUCUUAUGGAAAUGCGAAAACCUCAAGAAAUGAUAAUUCUUCUCGUUUUGGUAAAUUCAUUAGAAUCCAUUUCACUGCAUCUGGUAAACUGGCUGGUUGUGAUAUUGUGUCCUAUCUUCUUGAAAAAUCUCGUAUUACUGAGCAACAGGAGGUAGAGAGAUCUUACCAUAUCUUUUACCAACUUCUUCAACCCUAUGGAGAUGGAAUCGGAGGAGGGCUGAAAGCAAAGUGCCAUCUUAGUUCUGACAUUUAUGAUUAUACAUAUGUAUCCCAGGGUAAGACCACAGUUGCCUCCAUUGAUGAUAAUGAAGAGUUGGAGUAUACUGAGGAUGCCUUCAAUGUGCUUGGGUUCAAGGAGCAGGAAAAGUUUGAUUGCUACAUGCUCACUGCUGGAGUCAUGACAUUUGGAGGUAUUGAAUUCAAAACAAAGGGUAGAGAUGAUCAAGCUGAGUGUGAGGCCAUUGGACCUGACACGUUCCCAGGAAAAGCUGCAGCUCUUAUGGGAGUUGAAGCUGGACCAAUGAUUAAAGCUUUCUGUAAACCAAGGAUCAAGGUAGGGACUGAAUGGGUCACUAAAGGUCAAUCAUGUGUGCAAGCCACAAAUGCUGUAGGUGGUAUUGCAAGAGCUAUCUUUGACCGUGUCUUCAAAUGGCUGAUUGAAAAAUGUAAUGAUACCCUAAUUGACCCAACCCUGAAAAAAAAUAACUUCUGUGCUGUUCUUGACAUUGCUGGGUUUGAAAUCUUUGAGUACAAUGGAUUUGAACAAAUUUCCAUCAACUUUGUCAACGAGAAGCUUCAGCAAUUCUUUAACCACCAUAUGUUUGUUGUUGAGCAGGAGGAGUAUGUCAAAGAAGGUAUUGACUGGGAAAUGGUUGAUUUUGGUAUGGAUUUGGCUGCUUGUAUUAUCAUGUUUGAAAAACCCAUGGGAAUUUGGGCCAUUCUUGAGGAGGAAUCACUUUUCCCCAAAGCAACUGAUAAAUCUUUUGAAGAAAAGCUGAAGGCAUCUCUUGGAAAACUUCCAGUUUUCCUGAAACCCCAGUCCAAGACUGACAAGAAUGCUCACUUUGCUCUUUCUCACUAUGCUGGUAUUGUGUCCUACAAUGUUACCGGUUGGCUUGAAAAGAACAAGGACCCUGUAAAUGACUCUGUUGUUGAAGUUUUCAAAUCAACUUCUACAGUUGAGUUACUUGUUCAUCUUUGGUUGGAUCAUCCUGGUCAACCAACCUCUGCACCAAAAGAUGAUGGAAAGAAGAAGAAAAAGGGUGGCGGUGGUAAAACUGUGUCCUCUGUUUAUCUUGUAUCACUUGGUGAAUUGAUGCAUACCCUCCACAGCUGCGAACCUCACUUUGUGCGUUGCCUUGUCCCUAACACUCACAAGAAACCUGGAGAGGUCGAACCUCCUCUAAUUAUGCACCAGCUCACUUGCAAUGGUGUGCUUGAAGGUAUCAGGAUCUGCAUGAGAGGUUUCCCCAACAGAAUGUUGUACCCUGAUUUCAAAUCUAGGUAUGCCAUUCUUGGUGCUCAAGAAAUCGCAAGUUCAGGAGAUAACAAGACUGCUGUUUAUGCUUUGAUGGACAAGAUUGAGUUCCCCAGAGAUAGAUAUCGUCUAGGACAUACUCUUGUAUUUUUCCGUGCUGGUGCUCUUGCAUUCAUGGAAGAAAAGCGAGAUGAUAUUGUGAUUAGGCUUGUACGUUAUAUUCAAGGAGAGGCUCUCCGGUUUAUGAGAUCUAAAACAUUCAAGAAGAAGGCUGAUCAAAGAGAGCUGAUUAAGGUCUGUCAAAGAAACUUCAGAAAAUUUAUUGCUCUGAGAGACUGGGGAUGGUUUGUGAUUAUUCAAAAGACUCGUCCUAUGAUAGGAAUGCCUAAUCCUGAGGAGGAACUUCGCCUUCUUGAAGAGCAGGCUAAUGCUAAAUAUGGAGCUUAUGAUGAACAACUUAAAACUAAGGAAAGACUUCUUCGAGAAAAUGAAGACAUUAAGGAGGAAACUAAAGCUCUUUUGAAGCAAAUUGAGAAGGAACAGGGUAACAUGUCUGAGUAUCAUGAGAGACAAGCAAAGAUUUCAAGCCAAAAAGCUGAUCUUGAAUCCCAGUUAUCUAAAGCUCAAGAAACUCUGAUUCAAAAGGAACUUGAACGACAGGAAGCCACAGCAGAAAAGAAAAUUCUAGAACAGGAAGUUGUUGCUGUUAAGAAAGACAUUGAAGAUGUUGACAUGGCCAUACAAAAAUUGGAACAAGAAAAAACCAACCGAGACCAUACCAUUAAAAGUCUUAAUGAUGAGGUUGCAAAUCAAGAUGAAGUCAUUAACAAAUUGAAUAAGGAGAAGAAACAUUUGAAUGAGAAUGCCGCAAAGGCCAGUGAAGAUCUUCAGGUUGCAGAGGAUAAGGUUAGUCAUCUUAAUGCGAUUAAAAAUAAACUAGAGCAAACUCUAGAUGAGUUAGAAUCUGCUCUUGACAAAGAAAAGAGAGGAAGAGCCAAUAUUGAAAAAGAAAGGAGAAAAGUUGAAGGAGACCUGAAAGUAACACAAGAACAGGUCGCUGAUCUUGAACGAGUCAAAAAGGAAUUAGAGAACUCAAUAGCCCAUAAGGAAAAAGAUGCAGGAAUUCUGUUUAGCAAACUGGAGGAUGAGCAGUCCCUGGUUGCAAAGGUUCAGAAGCAAAUCAAAGAAUUUCAAUCCCGUGUUGAAGAGAUGGAAGAAGAACUUGAAGCAGAAAGGCAAGCCAGAGCAAAGGCAGAAAGACAAAGAUCUGACUUAUCUAGGGAGCUAGAAAAUCUGGGAGAAAGAUUGGUAGAGGCAUCAGGAGCUACAUCAGCUCAAAUUGAGUUGAAUAAAAAGAGAGAGGCUGAAGUUAGCAAGUUGAGACGUGAUCUUGAAGAAGCUUUUAUUCAACAAGAAGCUACUCUAAUCUCACUCAAGAAGAAGCACCAGGAUGCUAUUGCUGAAAUGACUGAGCAGAUUGAUCAACUAAAUAAGAUGAAGGGUAAGAUAGAAAAAGAUAAGCAGCAUAUCAUGCAUGAAAUUGCUGACACUCGAUCAGCAACUGAUGAGGUCAACCGUUCCGCAGCCGCAGCAGAAAAAUCUCAAAGAAAUCUUUUGACCCAACUGAAUGAGUUAGGUAAAAAGGCAGAAGAAGCCAACCUGACUUUGGCAGACUUUGAGAGUAACAAAAGGAAGCUUUCUGCCGAAAAUGCAGAUCUGCUUCGCCAGCUACAAGAACUUGAAAAUUCUGCUAAUAUGCUGUCCAAGGUUAAAUGUGCCCUUGCCUCUCAACUUGAUGAUCAAAGGCGUAUUGCUGAUGAAGAAGCCAAGGAGCGCCAAUCUCUUCUUGGAAAAUUCAGAAAUGCUGAGCAUGAAGUUGCUGGAAUGAAGGAGCAUUAUGAUGAAGAAGUAGCUAACAAGGAAAAUCUUGUGAGACAACUCAACAAGGCUCAAGGAGAGUCUGAUAUGUGGAGAACCAAGUACGAAAGAGAAGGAGUUGCAAAGGCUGAAGAACUAGAAAUGGUGAAACUGAAGAUGCAAGCUCGCUUAACUGAAGCUGACUCUACAAUUGAUCAACUUAGCUCAAAGCUUGCUCAAAUUGAAAAGUCAAAGCAAAAAAUGCAAGAAGAACUAGACUCCCUGGCUGUCCAGCUGGACCAGGCACAAAUCCUUAAUGCUUCCAUGGAUAAAAAGGCCAAGCAAUUCGACAGAAUUGUUGGAGAAUGGAAAUCCAAGGUUGAUGGACUCAGUAUGGACUUAGAUGUCAGUCAAAAGGAAACAAGGAAUGCUUCCUCUGAACUAUUUAGAAUCAAGUCAGCCUAUGAAGAGGCUCUUCUUCAAUUGGAAGAGGUCCGAAGAGAGAAUAAAAGCCUUUCUAAUGAAAUUAGAGAUGUAAUGGAUCAAAUCAGCGAAGGAGGAAGAUCCAUUCAUGAAAUUGAAAAGAUUCGCCAGCGUCUUGAUGCAGAAAAAAUGGAACUUGAAGCAGCGCUGUCAGAGGCAGAAGGAGCUUUAGAGCAGGAGGAGAAUAAAGUUAUCCGUAUACAGAUUGAGCUUGGUCAGGUCAGGCAGGAAAUUGAGCGUCGUAUGGGAGAAAAGGAAGAGGAAUUUGAAUCUACUAGAAAGGCAAUGAAUAAAGCUAUUGAGAACAUGCAAGCAGCUAUUGAAAUGGAGUCUAAAGCCAAGGCUGAAGCCACACGAAUGAAGAAAAAGCUUGAAUCUGAUGUUUCCGACCUUGAAACUGCUCUUGAACAUGCCAAUGCAGCCAACUCAGAGACCCAGAAAACUAUUAAGAAAUAUCAACUUGCUCUGAGAGAGACUCAGGGUAGGCUUGAAGAAGCAAACAGAUCCAAAGAGAUUGCUCAUGAUAAUCUGCUGGCAGCAGAUAGGAAAGCUCAUGCUAACAAUAAUGCUCUGGAGGAAGCUCGUACUCUGUUGGAACAGGCAGAUCGUGCUAGGAGAAUAGUUGAACAGGAAUUGUCUGAUACUAAUGAAACUCUUGGAAAUCAGUCCUGCAUUAACCAAGCUAUCCAGGGUGCUAAGAUGAAACUUGAAUCUGAAUUACAAACUCUCUCGGCUGAUCUGUGCGAAAUGGCUUCUGAGGCCAGAAUGUCGGAUGAGAAAGCUCAAAAUGCAAUGAUUGAUGCCGCUAGACUAGCUGACGAACUCCGUGCAGAACAGGAGCACGCUCAAAGUCUUGAACGCGACCGCAAACUUCUUGAAGCCCAGAUCAAGGAUAUGCAAUCCAGGUUGGAUGAUGCUGAACAGAACGCAUUGAAGGGAGGCAAGAAGGCCAUGGGUAAGAUGGAUACGAGGAUUCGUGAACUUGAGUCCGAGCUUGAUGCUGAGAAUAGGCGUCUUUCUGAUGCCCAGAAGGGACUGAGGAAGUCUGAACGCAAGAUCAAGGAGUUGACCUACCAGCAGGACGAGGAUAGGAAGAAUCACGAGAGGAUGCAGGGUUUGAUUGAUCAGCUCCAGGGAAAGAUUAAGUCCUACAAGAAGCAGAUCGAAGAAGCUGAAGAGAUUGCAACCCUGAACCUGACCAAGUUCAAGCAGACUCAGCAAGCCCUGGCUCAAUCCCUUGAAGCUGCUGAUGCUAACGAGCAAGCUCUUGCAAAAGCUAAAACCCGUGCUCGCAGCUCAUCCAUUGCUCCAAUGUAAGCUUGUUAAGAAAAGACCCCAAACUACCUACGUUGUCUUAUUUUAGUUUGUAUGUGACUAGUCUGUUAAAUAUAGUAUAUUGCAAGUUC